GCAGAGUGAGAAAUUAUGGAAACAGAGAACCUCACAGUGGUGACAGAAUUCAUUCUUCUUGGUCUGACCCAGUCUCAAGAUGCUCAACUUCUGGUCUUUGUGCUAGUCUUAAUUUUCUACCUUAUCAUCCUCCCUGGAAAUUUCCUCAUCAUUUUCACCAUAAAGUCAGACCCUGGGCUCACAGCCCCCCUCUAUUUCUUUCUGGGCAACUUGGCCUUACUGGAUGCAUCCUACUCCUUCAUUGUGGUUCCCCGGAUGUUGGUGGACUUCCUCUCUGAGAAGAAGGUAAUCUCCUAUAGAGGCUGCAUCACUCAGCUCUUUUUCUUGCAUUUUCUUGGAGCGGGAGAGAUGUUCCUCCUCGUUGUGAUGGCCUUUGACCGCUACAUCGCCAUCUGCCGGCCUUUACACUAUUCAACCAUCAUGAACCCUAGAGCCUGCUAUGCAUUAUCGUUGGUUCUGUGGCUUGGGGGCUUUAUCCAUUCCAUUGUACAAGUAGCCCUUAUCCUGCACUUGCCUUUCUGUGGCCCAAACCAGCUCGAUAACUUCUUCUGUGAUGUUCCACAGGUCAUCAAGCUGGCCUGCACCGAUACCUUUGUGGUGGAGCUUCUGAUGGUCUCCAACAGUGGCCUGCUCAGCCUCCUGUGCUUCCUGGGCCUUCUGGCCUCCUAUGCAGUCAUCCUCUGUCGUAUAAGGGAGCACUCCUCUGAAGGAAAGAGCAAGGCUAUCUCCACAUGCACCACCCAUAUUAUCAUUAUAUUUCUCAUGUUUGGACCUGCUAUUUUCAUCUACACUCGCCCCUUCCAGGCUUUCCCAGCUGACAAGGUAGUUUCUCUUUUCCAUACUGUCAUCUUUCCUUUGAUGAACCCUGUUAUUUAUACGCUUCGCAACCAGGAGGUGAAAGCUUCCAUGAGGAAGUUGUUAAGUCAACAUAUGUUUUGCUGA